AUGUCUAUGGGAAAUCCUGAACCAGCUGUGGAGGAUCCGACAGGCGUAGAAGACGCCAACUUCAUUCAUGGGAGGAACUUUGGGAAUUUCCAGCGUGGGCAGCAGAGUGGCUACAAUAGAGGACAACAAUAUCAGCAAGGAGGUCGCUCACACCCGAAUUUGUCAUAUGGGAAUCCCAAUAAUGCAAUUCAACCUCCACCAGGCUUCUCGGUUACCAACGGAGUGAUAAAUAAAGAGAAGAAGCCGAAUCUUGAGGAGUUGCUAAUGAAGUUCGUGGCCAAGUCCGACGAGAGGAUGGAAAAGUUGGAGUCCAAUGCUGCAGCUGUGGGGACCCAGAUGAAGAUGUUCGAGACCCAAUUGGGUCAACUGACCAAUUUGAGGAGUGGGACUACUUAUGAGGGACCCAAGAUGCCUGAGGACGAGAUCGUGUCGUCGGUUGAUGAGAAAGAAGCUGAGGAGGUCACCGUUGAGCGACAUCAGAAAGAGAAGGUGAAACAGCAGUUCUCCAAGUUUUUGGAGAUCUUCAAGAAGUUGCACAUCAAUCUUCCAUUGGUGGAGGCGUUGCAGGAGAUGCCACAAUAUGCAAAAUUCUUGAAGGACAUCAUCUCGAGAAAGAAGCGGCUGGGAGAGUUUGAGACGGUGAAUCUCAAUGAGGAGUGCAGUGCGAUCUUGCAGAAGAAGCUCCUAGCCAAGCUUAAAGAUCCUGGCAGCUUCACUAUUUCCUGCAUCAUUGGAGGCCAGCAGUUUGGGAAGGCGCUUUGCGAUUUGGGGGCAAGCAUUAAUCUCAUGCCCUUAUCUAUUUUCCAGCGGUUGGCUAUUGGAGAGAUGAAGCCGACGUCGAUCGCGUUGCGGAUGGCAGAUAGGUCGGUGACGUAUCCACGGGGGAUAGUGGAAGACGUGUUGGUAAAGGUCAAUGAGUUCAUAUUCCCAGCUGACUUUGUGGUGUUGGAUUUUGAGGAGGACAAGACCAUCCCGUUGAUCCUAGGGAGACCGUUCUUGGCCACAGGAAGAGCCUUGAUAGAUGUGGCUAAUGGGGAGCUCACUUUGAGAGUGAAUGAUGAGAGCCACACCUUCUCCAUAUAUCGAGCUUUGAAGUUUUAUGAUGAGAAGGAAGAUAUUGACAUGGAGGAGUGCAAGUUAUUGAGCCUAGUUGAUUCCUGUGACACACCAUCUUCAUGGAAGGGUCUCGGCGACCCUCUUGAGGCUUGCAUCUCUCAUUCCUUUUUCUCUACUGAUUUUGAUUUUCCUUUUGAUAUGCAUUUGUUUUCUGAUGAGUUAUUUGAGUGUUGUAGUGCAUUGGAGAGUGUAGCAGAAAUUGCACAUAGGAGAGGAUGA